CAUUGGCUGCGAACCCACCAGGCAUGGUUUCAUCAUCUGUGCCAAACACAGCAGGCCAGGGGCCUCACCCAACCACACACAAUGGAGCUGGCACCGUGAGCUCUGCAACAUCAGGAAAUGCCCAACUACAGAGUGAACUUCUGGGUUCUCAUCAUGGACAAACAUUACCGAGUGUGCAAUCUCAUGUAACUGGUGCAGGUACUUCGCAUUCAAAUACAUCUGAUCCCUGUUUGACACUACAAGAUAGCAGUACUGUGAAUGUUUCCACUGGCGAUGUGGAUAACAUUAGGACACAGUCUCGGGAACUGGCAGCAGCUAGCUUAGCAGGACAGCUGACAGAGACAUAUACUGGCGAUGUUCCUUUAAGCACAUCAGCAGGAAGCUCUGAAUUGAAUAACAAGCCCUCAGAUGGAGUAACUGGAGAGUCUACUAAACCUAGUGCUAGUGGCAGUUCUGGACCGCUUGGUCUUGGUGGUGGUCUGCAGCCUAAGAGACGUAACAGAGUAGCAAAGCCAUCUGGGACUAGCGGCGAUUCUGGCGAAGCAAGAAGCUGUUUUGAUGGGGCAGCAGGCUCUGCAGGCCCUAGUUUCGAGAAGUGCCAAUGCAAGCAGCGGCAGUGCUAA